AUGUCAGCCUUGGGCAUCAAACCAGGGAUACGCGCUAACCAAUAUAUCGCCAUUCGAUCGAAAGUUUCCACGACGCUUUCCAUCAACCUCUCGAAUCUUCGCGCUAUCCUAUCUGCUCAAUUGCUCGGAUUCUAUUUGUUUCUCAAUAUUCCAUCGUUCGUACUUCGCCAGAAUGCCAUCAGGGCGGCGCUCUCAGUCGCGAAGCCAAAUCCUUCAGUCAUCGUACCGAAGGCCAGAACUUUUGUGUCGUUGAACAAAUCAAGACUCCGACCGGCAAGUCGAUGGGCUGUUUCGCCAUUGCAAAGACGGUUUGUCAGUGAAUCAGCUGUAAAGGAGGAAAAAGUCGUAUCAAAUACCAGUGAGCCAGAAGUGGCCACGGCCGAAUCUACGACGUCGGAAAAAGUUGAAUCGAAUACCAGUGAGCCACAAGUGGCCACGGCCGAAUCUACGACGUCGGAAAAAGUCGAAUCGAAUACCAGUGAGCCACAAGUGGCCACGGCCGAAUCCAGGACGUCGGAAAAGACUGCAGAAGAAUUAGAGCCUGAAGUUGCUCCAGAAGCGACUGCGAGAACCACUGAAGAGACAAGCACGUCCAUGGACAAUACAACACAAGCACCAGAGCCCGAUGCACCUAACACCGUCUCUGCCUCUGCGAUCGCAGAUGCGAUCUCGUCUGCCACUUCAGGAGAAGCUUCCAACGCUACCGCGGGUCAGAGUGAUCAGGCCCCCGAGUCAAGCGCUGUGCCAUCGCCGAACAAGAUCAUAUACGUUGGCAAUGUCUUCUUUGACGUCAAUGAUCAAGCGUUGAACGAUUAUUUUGCGCGCUUCGGACCAAUCAAGAGUGCGAAAAUCUCUCGCGAUGCACGUGGACUGAGCAGAGGUUUCGGCCAUGUCGAGUUUGAAAAUCUAGACGACGCCGCGCGCGCUGUAGAGUUCAGCAAUCAGCAAAUCUUCCAAGGCCGCCGUCUUGCUGUUCAAUUCCACCGUCCCCGUAUGCCCGUAACCGGACGCCAAAAGACCGAACUCAACCCGCCGUCGAAAACUCUGUUCAUUGGUAAUAUGUCCUUUGAGAUGUCGGACAAGGACUUGAGCGACUUGUUCCGUGAAGUGCGCAACGUGAUCGACGUUAGAAUCGCGAUCGAUCGUCGGACUGGUGCACCACGUGGUUUCGCUCAUGCGGAUUUCCUUGACGUUGCCAGCGCCACGAAGGCCAUGGAGAUUCUGAAGAACAAGACGAUAUACGGUCGUACCUUGAAGGUGGACUAUGGUAUGCCCUCUAGCUCGAGCAGAUCGCCUUUGCGGGACUAA